AUGGCCUGGGCAGUGCCGCCUGAGAUCCCUUACCACCUCCCAUUCCGAUCUACCCUUACCACUCAGCAGUCCAGCUCCCUACCUUCUACACCAUACCAACUACCUCGUGACCUACCCUUCAGAUCGAGAUCACCCUCGCCACACCGUGGCAGUAUAUCCCCCAGGUCCGCGCAUUCCGAGUUCAAUCAUACCCUGCCCGCCGUCCGGAAAGAAUAUGGCGGGGGCUGCAAGUAUGAGACGGGCAUGGCCCAUUUUCGAAGACGGAUGCCGUAUUCUCUUGGCAGUGACAUGUUGCCGGAUGAGCCUGGCCCGCUCAAAGAAAAGCUAGAGCCGGAAAAGGAAGCAAAGCUGACUGAGGACAUAAAGGAGCUCUACCGGAAGCUACUACCGUCCGCAGAAAGUGAACAGAGAAGGGCACAGUUUGUACGGAAGCUAGAGAAACUACUCAACACACGAUGGCCCGGAAAUGAGAUCAAGGUCAAUGUUUUUGGCUCUUCUGGGAACAAGCUCUGUACAAGUGUAUCGGACGUUGAUAUCUGCAUAACGACACCCUCCAAAUGCUUCGAACCAGUUUGCGGGAUGGAACGGGUGGUCUGUGUAUCACACGCAAAGGUUCCCAUUGUGAAAAUAUGGGACCCAGAGUUGCAGGUGGCUUGUGAUAUGAAUGUCAACAAUACCCUAGCACUCGAAAAUACACGAAUGGUGAAGACAUAUGUCGAGCUCGAUGACCGAAUACGGCCUUUGGCAAUGCUGAUAAAACAUUGGACAAAACGGCGCAUCCUUAAUGAUGCUGCACUUGGAGGCACACUCAGCUCAUAUACAUGGAUAUGUCUUAUCAUCAACUUCCUACAAACACGAAUACCGCCCAUCGUCCCGAGCCUUCAGAAGCGAGUUGCCGCAUCAGAGGCAUCAACAGAUAGCUCUUCCAUCACUUCCACGGCAUCUUGUGCUUCAUAUACGUCGUUUGAUGACGAUGUAGAAAAGCUCAGCAGCUUCGGCGAAGAAAACAAAUCUUCUCUGGGUGAUCUAUUAUUUCAAUUUUUUCGCUAUUAUGGCUACGAAGUCGACUACGAAAAGAGCGUCAUGUCGGUCCGCCAUGCAAAACUUAUAUCCAAGGAAGAGAAAGGCUGGCAUUUGCUACAAAAUAACCGAUUGUGUGUAGAGGAACCGUUCAACACGUCGAGGAAUCUGGGCAAUACCGCAGACGAUACCUCGUUUCGUGGUCUCCACCAGGAGCUAAGAAGAGCGUUUAAAGCUAUCUCGGAAGGAAAGCUGGAUGAAUGCUGUGAGCAGUAUGAGUACCCACCCGAGGAGGAACGAGUUUGGGAACGCCCAGCGCCACAGCCGCGACCAGUUCUCACUCCUAUGCCGCCAGCCCAUUCCCGUGGAGGCCCCUUCACGGCCCCCGUUCGGCAGAAUGUAUUUUUUAACCCUUCCUUUGUUGCUCCUGUAAAUGUUACCGCACCACAAGCUCCUCCAUCGAAUACAACAAAUCCUCCAUCUCCAUCACCUUCCAACGUCACACCAGACAGCCGUCGAAAUCAUCGUCGCUCGUCAAUCGCCAAUAACUCACCACGAAGCAGUCUGAGAGCUCAGUCCCAGCCUGCCCGGCCAAUAUCGUCUUGCGUACCGAACAAUUUCAGCACAUUCUAUGCGUCUGCUAUGGGACAACCCGAAGUAGCAUACGUUCAGAAUGCUCGCCAGUCACCGGACUCACCCCAGCGGACCCCAACAGAAAAGGACUAUGGCUUCUCUAGCACCGGCCCAUUUUUCCUGAAAACGGGCCCGGUUGAUGAAACUGGUGCCUCGCCAGAGUACCUACAUUACUAUGUCGGCGGGGACUCACCUCAGACCCAGGGUACUUAUAGUCGUCGAUCCAUGGCAGCAUCGUACCCAGGCCAUUCUGGACUUGCGAUCCGCAACGGUGGAUUGUGUAAUAUAUUUUAUGCCCCUCCUGAGUUCCGACCUGUCCCAAUGCCGAAUCUUGAGCAGUCAAAUAUACCCCUAGAACAAUUAGAAAACAUGAAUAACCACAGCCGACAGCCCCAGCCACAACAAUAUCAACAGACUACGCGACCCAAAAAUAUUUCGGAUCAUGGUCCAUUGAUUAUUGAUGGCUCCCUUCCGGCGAACGACUACCGAAGACAGUCCGCUGCCCAAGAUGACCACAGUGAACAGUUUUUUACUCCUCAACAUUCUUCUACCCACAGUCAACGAACAUCUCGACAAGAUACUCCUACGAAUGGGUCCAAUGAACCAUCGCCAUCUGACCAAUUGGUUUAUGACGAAGCUGAAUUUGUUUUCAAUACGCCACACCAGGAGAUCCAACAACACCUCCCACAAAUGAACGGGUGGGCGCAAAACAUUCGAGCUAGCAAUAAACCAGUCAUGAAUGGCCAUAUCGGUAGAUCAGAAACGCUUUCAGAGCAAUUGCAGCGAUUUCAGCUUUCUGAACCAGUUUACCCGCCCCAUGUUGACUCGAUCCAUCUCGUGAAAGAGAAUGGUAUCAGUAAUCAUGAUUAUAAUCUUACCAAUGGAAACGGAAACGGUGCACACCAUACCCCGGCACAAACGCAGAAAACCGCCACUGUGGCAAAGGGCUCUCCAGCAAAAGAGGCCCGCGUCACAUCUCCUACGGUAAAACGCCGUGGUAAUGGCGCUGACUCGGAACACCAUGCGAACAGCGUGUCACAGAAACAGAAGCCGAAAUGGCAUUCUGUUAGCGGUAUACCCUCUAUGGCCGUCUCCAAUACCAUCGAGAACAGGGAAGGUCAGAAACCAAAUGGUAUGCAUGCUGCCGCGAAACCAAUCUCUAACGGUGUGGGGCAUGAGAACACCACUAGUUCCAGUAGUGGCUGGCAGACGACGACAGCGAAGAAGAAGAAUAAGAAAGGCACAAAUAAAAUUGUAACUGGAGCGGAACCCCUUCCUGCCGACGAGUCGCUGAGGAAAGGAGGAUGA